AUGGGGACCGUCCUCUCCAUAUCCCCGGCGUCCAAGAGGGCGUCGAUCAUGGACGCCGAGGGUGAUGGAUUCAAGCCCGACAAGAGUCUGAAGAGACACUCCAUGUUCGUGGCUCUGUCCUGGAAAAAGCUCGUUGCCAGUUCGGCGAAGAAAAGUGCGAAGAAAGUGACCCCGAACCCGCUGCCCACGCGUGAUCUCCCGUACACGCAGAUCUCGCAGCUCAACAGCGUCAAUAACAGGAAAACGAACCAAAACGAGGAGAAAAAACCCAAAGCCCCGAUCCCGGUCCCGGUGCCCACCGUGCCCACUGCCGUUAAACCGAACAGCGAGAUCGUGGUCCAGAAUGGGAGGCUGUCCUCGGUCCAGAAACAGCCCAGCAGCCAGUCUCUGGCCUCCCCCCGGCGGGUCAUCAUCCAGGCUUCCACCGGGGAGCUGCUGCGCUGUUUGGGGAACUUCGUGUGCCGCAGGUGUUUCAGACUCAAAGACCUCAACUGUGGGGAGGUGAUCCUCUGGUUCCGGAACAUUGACCGGACUCUGUUACUGCAGGGCUGGCAGGACCAGGGCUUCAUCACGCCCGCUAACGUGGUCUUCGUCUACCUUCUGUGUGAAGACACGAUAGAGGACAGCAUCUCCACCGCGGCAGAGCUGCAGGGCACCUUCCAGACUUGCCUUUACCUCGCCUACUCCUACAUGGGGAACGAGAUCUCCUACCCACUCAAGCCGUUCAUGAUCGAGGCGAACAAAGACGUUUUCUGGGAGAAGGCGCUCGGGAUCAUCGGCAGGCUGAGCGCCAAGAUGCUGCAGCUCAACGCGGACCCGCACUUCUUCACCGAGGUCUUCCAGGACCUGAAGAACCAGCGAGAGAGCAGCGACUCGAACCUGGACCGCUGA